ACAGGCGCCUUUUCCUGGCAUGGUUCUUAUAGUGGGUAUACUGAGAAUAGAACACACUGGAGUUGCAGAACUAAUUUGACAAUACAGUUCUCAGGACCAGAUUGUUGGAGUAGAAAGAAAAGGCAAUGUGAAGACGAAGGUGGAGUAUGGUCUGAGCAGGUUCGAGUUACUGGUGUUCGAAGAAAUUAUAGUGCCGCAUACGGUGGCUGCACUAAUAGAUGGCCGCAGUAUGGUAUAAAGAUGGGGGAUGGUGAUUUGUUUUGGAACAACAACAUUGCAAAGAUGUUACCUCCAGGUACAUUCCUGAUUUGUGAUGACCGUGCAUGGCAAGGUAUUCCUAGAAACCCGGUAGGGGGGCCCUGUUAUUUAGGCAAACUGACGACGCUGGCUCUAAGCCAUAGGGCUUGGAUACAAAUAUCGAGGGAUCUUACACACAAAGGUAGUCUGAGGAACAGUAGCGGCAUGCACACCCUUGAUACAGACUGUAGUGAUGAGGUCAAACUUUGGAGCGCUACAGCUCGUAUUUUUGCCUCUAUCUUGGCGCCGGGUGUCGCUGCAGCUAAAGCGCUAAGAGAGAUAGAACGAUUGGCAUGCUGGUCGAUCAAGCAGGCAAACGCCACCACUGAAGUGUUGAGCGAUUUGCUCAUAGAUGUGAAUAACAUCCGACACUCGUUGUUGCAAAAUAGGGCAGCCAUAGAUUUUCUCUUGCUGGCCCAAGGUCAUGGAUGCCAAGAUUUCAAAGGCAUGUGUUGUUUCAACCUAUCAGAUCACAGCGAGUCAAUUCAUCGGAAACUGGAAUGGAUGAAGAAACACACGCAGAAGAUAACUGUUAACGAUGAUCCACUUGGCAAUUGGCUAAGGAACUUGUUUGGUGGAUUGGGACCAUGGAUCGUCCAGAUUCUUAAAGUAGUAGGUGUAGUGCUUGUUAUGUUCAUCUGUCUUGCAGUUUGCUUGCCUUGCCUAGUGGCAUGCUUUCAGCAAUGUUUAUCCAGAAUGAUGGAACAAGCUUUUGAUAAGCGCAUGGAGUAUUAUAGGCUUCACGAAUGCUUAUAG